AUGGAGGCGUGCAAGGCUGUGGCAAGUCCUGUAGAUGUCAGCUCUCGACUGAUGUCAAGCAACACUGCGAGCAAGAUCGAUGUUCCAUUCCGUGAAGCUGUUAGUGCUUUGAUGCAUCUGACAACUACAAGACGACCGGAUAUCGCCUACGCUGUGAGCUUUGUGUCGCGCUUCAUGGAGAAUCUCCAGGAAGAACACUGGGUUGCGGUCAAGCGCAUCUUUCGCUACCUACAAGACACUAAGAUACAUGGAAUUUGCUACAAGCCAAGUGCAAGGAUCGACUUUCGUGGCUAUUCGGACGCAAACUGGGCAGGCGACCUUACCGAUCGCAAGUCAACGUCUGGCUACGUUGUUAUGCUAUUAAGUGCUCCAGUGAGUUGGGCCAUCAAGAAGCAGUCAAGUGUGUCACUGUCUACAAGUGAAGCAGAGUGCAUUGCGCUAAGUCUGGCGAUUCAAGAAGGCAAAUGGAUCCACCGCUUACUAUGCGAGAUCAUGGUGGCUGCUAACGAGGACGGACCCGAGCUCAUUAUCCGCGAAGACAACCAGUCCUGCAUCAAAAUGACCAAGAAUCCGGUCAACCACGGCCGCGCCAAACACAUUGAUAUUGUGGCAAAGUCACUACUCAAAUUUUGUACGAGGAUCGGUGGCCACACCUUUAAAGCGCCGCUUACUGGUGGAAAAGGAGGCCAUGAGACUCGGCGAUCCAAUACGGAGGUGGAAGAUGAUCUUAACGGGAUCGGCGAACCGAUCCAACUGUCGUUAGACUAA